AUGGGCGAACAUGCUUUGCCUUGCGGAACGCGUUCGCUCUCCUUCAUCUCCUCGCCUCUUAUUUUUACAAUCCUCCCUUGGUCGCAUUCACGACAUUCCCGGCGCGAGUCCCAUUCCCACCGUCCUCCCCGCGUGUACCGCCCCGUCCUCCCCGCGUGUACCGCCCCGUCCUCCCCGCGUGUACCGCCCCGUCCUCCCCGCGUGUACCGCCCCGUCCUCCCCGCGUGUACCGCCCCGUCCUCCCCGCGUGUACCACCCCGUCCUCCCCGCGUGUACCACCCCGUCCUCCCCGCGUGUACCACCCCGUCCUCCCCAUGCCGCAAACUCCCAUCCACACACGCCCUGCCGCCUUCUCCCAUCCGUAUGCGCAUCCGUAUUUCCUACCUCAACCCCCCGCUUUCAUUCUCCCUUCCUCGUGCUCCCCCUUUCAGUCUCCUCGCCGUGCCUGUGGUUCUUCGUGGUGCUCGUUUUGAGUGGGCGACGGUAGCUCAUCACAUGGCGACCUUUGGCAUCGAGGCGCAAGAUGUAGUUCGCAUCAUCCUACAGUUCUGCAAGGAGAACGCGCUGCAGCAGACGCUACAGGCGCUGCAGGACGAGUGCCAGGUGCCGCUCAACACGGUCGACUCCCUGGAGACCUUCGCCGCUGACGUCAGUAACGGCCGCUGGGACGCCGUGCUCCCGCAGGUGGCCCAGCUGAAGCUUCCGAGAAAGAAGCUGGAGGACCUGUACGAGCAGAUCAUUUUGGAGCUGGCGGAGUUGAGGGAGACGGAGACGGCCAAGUCCAUCCUCAGACAGACGCCCACCAUGCUCGCCAUGCGCCAGGACCAACCAGACCGCUAUCUGAAGCUGGACCAUCUGCUGGCGCGGGCAUACUUCGACCCCCGCGAGGCAUACGGGGAUUCCACCAAGGAGAGGAGACGAGCAGAGAUCGCACAUGGCCUAUCGCAGGAGGUGACUGUGGUGCCCCCCUCGCGUCUCAUGGUGCUGCUAGGCCAGGCGCUCAAGUGGCAGCAGCACCAAGGUCUGCUUCCCCCCGGCACGCAGUUUGAUCUGUUCCGAGGAACAGCAGCAGUGAAGGCGGAUGAGGAUGAGGCAUACCCCACACAGCUCCUGCACACCAUCAAGUUUGGAAAAAAGAGUCAUCCCGAAUCGGCUCGCUUUGCUCCUGACGGCCAGUGCCUUGCGUCCUCCUCCAUCGAUGGAUUUAUCGAGGUAUGGGACUUCCUCUCAGGCAAGCUCAAGAAGGACCUGCAGUACCAAGCAGAGGCAACGUUCAUGAUGCAUGAGGAGGCAGUGCUGUGUGUGGGGUGGAGCCGGGACUCGGAGAUGCUGGCCUCGGGGUCACAGGACGGCAAAAUCAAGGUGUGGCGGGUGCGCACAGGGCAGUGUCUGAGGCGCUUUGACAAGGCGCACUCACAGGGAGUCACCUCGGUGGCGUUCUCUCGGGAUGGCAGUCACCUGCUCAGCGCCUCCUUUGAUGGCACCGCCAGGGUGCACGGGCUCAAGUCAGGGAAGACCCUCAAGGAGUUUCGAGGGCACACCUCUUUCGUCAACGAUGCUCUAUAUUCUGCUGAUGGUGGUCGUGUUAUCACUGCCUCCUCCGAUGGCUCUGUCAAGGUGUGGGACGUCAAGUCACUCGAGUGCUUGCACACGUUCAAGCCGCCACCACCCCUCCGAGGCGGCGACGCGUCAGUGAAUUCGGUGCUCCUCUCUCCCCGCAACGUGGACCAUGUGUUUGUGUGCAACCGCUCCUCCUCCGUGUUUCUCAUGACGCUGCAGGGCCAGGUGGUGCGGAGCUUCACAUCAGGCAAGAGGGAGGGCGGUGACUUUGUGGCGGCGUGCCUGUCCCCCAAGGGCGACUGGAUCUACUGCAUGGGCGAGGAUGCCAACAUGUACUGCUUCAGCUUUCAGAGUGGCAAGCUAGAGCAUCUCAUGAAGGUGCAUGACAAGGAUGUCAUAGGCAUCACCCACCAUCCCCAUCGCAACCUCAUUGCAACCUACAGCGAAGAUUGCACCCUCAAGCUAUGGCAGCCAUAG